GCAAGCGGGUGUUUUGCAAGCUUGUUGUCUCUCUGCGCGGCGAUCGGUCGUGCUCACGUCUCUGAACCUGUGAGUUGUGUCACUGGUUGUGUACAAUCGCGCAAGUGCGGACAUUCGGAACAAGCGCUUGUUCUCCUCCAGUGCGAUGUCGGACUCUGAGCAAGGCGACCAGGCGGCGAGCUCUUCCACGAGACAUCCUCGGCUGGUCUAUCCGUGCGACCACUCCGAUGACUCCCCCGACGACAUCGACGAAACAUCCAGUGUGGGAAGCGCGUCAACGGCGGACAACACAUCGCGCAGCGACACUCCCACAAACUUGGGUCGCAGGGGUCGCCGUCGCAAAAGCAAGUCGAAGCGCUGCAAGCUGGUCUACAAGUGUUCCACUUUCGUCAAGGAAGACCAUGGCCAGCCUCUCUUUGGCGUCCAGUUUAACCCACACCUCAAAGGCGGCCUGUACAUCUUUGCUGCAGUUGGCAGCAACAGGGUGACCCUGUACGAGUGCCUGGAGAAUGGAGGCAUCAAGCUGCUGCAGUCGUACUGUGAUCCUGAUCCUGAAGAAAACUUCUACACCUGUGCCUGGUCAUAUGAUGACAUCACAGGACAUCCGCUGCUCGCGGUUGCGGGUUCACGUGGCGUCAUUCGCAUUAUCAGCCCAGCUGCCAUGAAGUGCAUUAAGCACUACAUUGGCCAUGGGAAUGCCAUCAACGAGCUCAAAUUUCAUCCCCAUGACGUCAACCUUCUGUUAUCAGUCAGUAAAGACCACACACUGCGGCUGUGGAAUGUGAAGACUGACCAGUGCAUAGCCGUGUUUGGUGGGGUCGAGGGUCACCGGGAUGAAGUCCUCAGUGCGGACUUUGACCUGUUGGGCCAAAAAAUAAUGUCUUGCGGCAUGGACCAUUCCCUGAAGCUCUGGAAGCUGGACACGGAACAGUUCCACAAAGCCAUCCGGGAAUCUCACGUCUACUGCCCCUCGAAGUCGCAAAGCAGACCAUUUCCUACAGUGCGGCAACACUACCCCGACUUCACCACACGUGACAUCCAUCGAAACUACGUUGACUGCGUCCGUUGGCUGGGAAACUUUGUACUGUCAAAGUCAUGCGAAAACUGCAUUGUGUGCUGGAAGCCUGGGCUCCUGGAGCAGUUGGACGUUCGGCACACCGACACCAAUGUGACUGUGCUGCACCGUUUUGAGUACCGCGAGUGCAACAUCUGGUUCAUGCGCUUCUCCAUGGAUUUUGAGCAGAAAAUUCUUGCACUAGGAAACCAGGUGGGCAAGACGUAUGUCUGGGACAUUGAUGUGGAUGACCCAACGACUUGCAGGUCCACAGUGCUGACUCAUCCCAAGUGCACAAGUCCUGUGCGGCAGACAAACCUCAACCGGGACGGCAGUAUCCUGCUCUGCAUCUGCGACGAUGCCACCAUCUGGCGUUGGGACCGUGUGACACGCUGACUUU